CCCCCACAACCACCACCACGACCGACUGCGACACAUACAAUCCCCCGCGCACGCGCAUCCGCGCGCAAACACUACACAACCAUGGCCGGAGAGCCAGACGUCAAGUUUCGCCAGCGCAAGCGCCCCAAGUUUAUGAGGAAGAGGCUCCACAGUGACGACGAAGCUGAAUCGGCGUCCGCCACACCAUCCGACUCGGCAUCCGCCCCGGCUCCGACCUCAGUGUCAGCGGACGUGGAGACGUCGCUCGCUCUCGCCGAAGCAAGGCGUUGGCGCAAGCAACACGACGAGAAGAUCAGGGCCCGGAAGGGUAUCACGGGCACCGUCAGCAGCAAACGAAAUAAUGCGCUGCGCGGUGAACCAGAGGAGCAAGAGCAGGCGCCGGAGAUGAAGCUCGCGAAGGAGUUUGUGCCGCAGACAGGCAUGGUCAAGGACGUCGUGGAUAAGCACAUGAUGGAAUACAUAGACCGUGUAUUAGCUGAGUCGCGAAAUGGCGCGACAGCGGCAAGGAAACAAGACAACGACGCCACCACCACCACCACCACCACAACGGCGGCGCCGGCGACGACGAUGACGACGACGACGGCCGCGCCCAAGGCCCCUGCGGAAAGCUACAGCUUAUUACCGCGUGAGCGAGCGCCCGCUGGCGCGGGUAAGCUGGAGGAAGUCGAUCUCGGGCCAGACGCGACGCGGCGCAACAUCGAGGCCACGGAGGCGGCGAUGCGGGCUCUGCGGGGCGAGCCGCCGGAGGAGAUCCCCUGGGACAAGCAGGGCAUGGUUGGGGCAUUCAGGGAAGGCGGCGCCGAGAACCCGAGCUGGCGCAAGCGCAAGCGCAACCAAUACGACGACGCGCGGCGGAACAUGGAGAAUUCGAAGCGGGACGAGCUGGUCGAGCAAGUGCUCCGCGAGAACAGGGUGUUCGGUUAUUUCCAUUCAGUCGCCUACUACAGCACCACGUACGACACCAGCGGCAAGCCGGACAAGGAGCCCAACCCCAACGAGCCCAAACCGGACGAGGCCGACGACGACCGCCUCGUCGAGCAGUUCCGCCGCGAGUACCUGGACUCGCAGAUGAGUCGCGCGCGCGCGCCUCCGGCGCCGUCUUCGUCGACGACGGCGUUUGGCGCCGCCGGCAGGGGCGACGACAAGCCCCGCGGCCCGAAGCUGGGAGGAAGUCGGAGCGCGAGAGCGGCUAUGCGCGCGGCGGAGGAGAAGAAAGACCGGCUGGGCGGGCGGAAGAGGUAG